AUGGCGGGGGCCAAGCCGGGGGUCCACGCGUUGCAGCUCAAGCCUGUGUCCGUGCACGACGCGCUCAAGAAGGGAGGCAAGUUCGUCAAGUGGGACGAGGAGCCCAACAGCGGACCCCCCACUCUUGUGACGCUCAAAGUGGACCCUGAUGGAUUCUUCCUUUACUGGACUGGAGGCUCCAGCCUGGAGGUGGAGAUCCUGGACAUCAGCAUCAUCCGAGACACCAGAACAGGCCGCUACGCCAAACAGCCAAAGGACCCAAAGCUCCGCGAGGUCCUCGGCUUCAGAAAAGGGGAGCAACCAGAGGGGAAACUGGUCACUGUGGUAUAUGGAACUGAUCUGGUCAACAUCUCCUUCCUCAACUUCCAGGCCAUGCAGGAAGAUACUGCCAAGCUUUGGACAGAUGAACUCUUUACACUGGCCACCAACAUCCUGUCCCAGAAUGCAGCACGCAGCACCUUCCUGCUGAAGGCCUACACUCGGCUAAAACUCCAAGUCAACCAGGAUGGAAAGAUUGCAGUCAAGAAUAUUCUGAAGCUGUUCUCUGAUAAGAAACGUGUGGAGACGGCUCUGGAGCAGUGCAGCCUCAUCAACAACAAGUCCGAGGGCAUCAAGGCGGACGACUUCACCUGGGAGGCUUUUCAGAAGUUCUUGGACAGCUUGUGUUUACGACCGGAAAUCCAAAGUAUAUUUGAAGAAUGCGGCUCCAAGAGGAAGCCGUUCAUCUCUUUGGACCAGUUCAUGGACUUCCUAAACCGGACGCAGAGAGACUCCAGGCUGAACGAGGUCUUGUACCCGCCACUGAAGAGGGAGCAGGUCCGGCAGAUCAUGGAGCGUUACGAGACCAACAGCAGCCAGCUGGAGAGAGACCAGAUCAGCCUACAAGCCUUCAGCAGAUACCUGGGAGGAGAGGAGAACGGAGCAGUGCCUCCAGAACGACUGGACAUCAUUGAUGACAUGAACCAACCACUAUCUCACUACUUUAUCAACUCGUCCCACAACACCUACCUCACAGUGGGACAGCUCACGGGCCUCUCCUCGGUGGAGAUGUAUCGGCAGGUCUUGCUCACAGGCUGUCGCUGUGUGGAGCUGGACUGCUGGAAGGGAAGACCCCCAGACGAGGAGCCAUACAUCACUCACGGCUUCACCAUGACCACUGAGAUCUCCUUCAAGGAAGUCAUCGAGGCCAUAGCAGAGUCUGCAUUCAAAACAUCUCCGUAUCCUCUCCACCUCUCCUUCGAAAACCAUGUGGAUUCGGCGAAGCAACAGGCAAAGAUGGCGGAGUACUGUAGGACCAUCUUUGGAGACGCACUGCUGAUCGAGCCUCUGGAGAAAUAUCCGCUGGUUCCGGGUCAGGUCCUGCCCUCGCCCCAAGAACUUAUGGGAAAAAUCCUCAUCAAGAACAAGAAGAAGCAUUACCACCAGAGACCGUCGAGCAACGGAAGCAUCCGCCGCAAAGAACUGGAGGAGCAGUCUCCUCCAACCAGUGACUCCCCCCUGUCCAAGAGCAAUGGAAGCCAGUAUCUGUCCAACGGAGAGGAGAGGCUCGCUGAGAGGAUGAUCAGAGACUCGGAGCCUCGCAAGUCCAUUGGAGGAGAGGGGGAGAGCGAGGAAGAGGAGGAAGAGGAGCCAUUGACGGAGCUGAAAAAGCCCAACUCAGAUGAGGGUACGGCCAGCAGUGAGGUCAACGCCACAGAGGAGAUGUCAAACCUCGUCAACUACAUUGAACCAGUCAAGUUCAAGAGCUUUGAAGUGGCCAGCAAACGAAAGAGGUUUUUUGAGAUGUCGUCAUUUGUGGAGACCAAAGGCAUGGACAUCUUGAAGAGCUCCCCAGAGAAGUUUGUGGAAUACAACAAGAACCAGCUGAGUCGCAUCUACCCCAAAGGAACCAGGGUGGACAGCUCCAACUACAUCCCUCAGCUUUUCUGGAACGUAGGCUGCCAGAUGGUCACACUCAACUUCCAAACCCUGGACCUCCCCAUGCAGCUCAACAUGGGGGUCUUUGAAUACAACGGCCACAGUGGAUACCUGCUGAAGCCCGAGUUCAUGCGGAGGACGGACAAAUGCUUCGACCCCUUCACAGAGGACACAGUGGACGGCAUCGUGGCAAACACCAUCAAGAUCCGGGUGAUCUCUGGCCAGUUCCUGUCAGACAAGCGUGUGGGUGUGUAUGUGGAGGUGGACAUGUUUGGCCUGCCUACCGACACCAAGAGAAAGUACAGGACCAAAACAUCCAACAACAACUCCCUGGACCCAGUGUGGGACGACGAGAGCUUCGUGUUCACUAAGGUGAUCCUGCCAACACUGGCCUCUUUGAGAAUUGCAGUUUUUGAGGGAGAUGGAAAGUUCAUUGGACACCGCAUCCUCCCGGUCUCUGCCAUCAGACCUGGGUACCACUACAUUAACCUGAAGAACGAGCUGAACCAGCCGCUGCUCCUGCCCUCUCUGCUGGUGUGCACCGAGGCUCACGACUACAUCCCCAACGAGCACAUGGAAUACGCAGAAGCCUUGAUAAAUCCCAUCAAACAUCUGGAUAAACGAGAGACUCAGCUGGCUGUUCUCCUGGACACCGUGGAGCAUACGGCCAGCGUGCCCGGGGAACGAGAGCUCACCAAAAAAGACGAUGAUGUCAAACUGGCCUUCCCCUUACCCUCCCAAGUUGCCAGUCCUGUCCCCAACCCCUGGAUCGAGUGCCCCGAUAUCCCCCUGCCAGCCCCCAGCCCAAAGGAGGACCUCAUAGCCACUAUUCUGGGAGAUAUUCCAGUGAUGUCCAUAGAGGAGCUGAAACAGCAGAAACAUUACUUAAAAGCUGUGAAAAAACACAAUAGUGAACUCAAAGACAUGCGCCGGAAGCACAUUAAAAAGGUGGUUAACUUGAAUAAGGGGCAGAAGAGUCGGAGCUGUAAGCUGCAGUCAGACACUCAGAGGCGGCGCAGUCAGAUGGAGAAGAAUCUGAAGCGCAGCAUCAAAAAGAAUGAGGCCUUCGACCCCGUCCAGCAGCAGGAGCUGUCUGCCCUGGACCACGAGAUCGCGCUGCAGAGCGUCCAGCUGAAGGAGUGGCAGAUGACCGAGCUUCUGGAGCUGAGGAGGGAGCAGCACAUGGUGGAGCGGAAGAAGCAGGAGGCCCAGCUGUUGGAGGCCUUUCAGAAGCUCAAAGAGACGGCCAAAGAGUGCCAAGCCUCGCAGCUCAAGAAGCUCAAAGACACAUGUGACAAGGAGAAGAAGGAGCUCCAGAAGAUGCUGGACAGAAGACGUCAGAACAGCAUCAGUGAGGCCCGCAGCCGAGACAAGGACAAGGCCGAAGCGGAACUCAGCGAGAUCAACAAGAAGCACAUCCACGACUCGGUGUCCCUGAUCCGCAGGCUGGAGGAGGCCCAGAGCCGCAGGCAGGACAAGCUUGCACUAAGGCACAGAGAGGUCCUGCAGCAUAUAGACGAGCAGCUCCCCCUGCACCAGAACCAGCUGGAGCGGGACCUGGACCAGGAGUUCCAGCAGCUGCCUGAGGAGAUCUGCCGCACCCUGCGCACUGAGCUGGGCCUGAAGGUGGAGGCCGGCUCGGGGCCCCCCUCCAACAGCUCCACGCCCUCCUCCACCCCGACCCGCAGGUCCUGGAGCCGCAGCACCGACAACUGCUCCAACUCCUCCCUGAGCUGA